AUGGCCUCCGGACUCUGUUCCUCCCCGCUGUUAAAAGCGGUUUCUUCCGUGUCCCAGGAUGAUGAGAAUCCAUGCCGAUUUCUGGCCACCGUCGCCCGGGAAUGGACGACCCAGCACUCCGUCCUUGGAGGUUUUCUGCAGGCGCUGAUGCUGUCAGCUGCGAAGAAAUUCGUGGUCGCCGAGCUCGGCGAUGGACGGUUUCCCGAUCCCAUUCAUGCCUUUGUGCAAUUUCUGAGCAUGGUCCCACCUGGUCCGGUUGCCAUCACCUGCAAGAUCUUGCGCCGUUCGUCUCGAAAAUGCGUGGUCAGUGUAGAACUGGUGCGCAUUCGUGCUUCGCCGGCUCCGAAGCCGGACCCUCCCGCAACGGUUGGCGUGUUCACUUAUGGAGACCUGUCCAGGGAGCGAGGUCUGUCGCAGCCCAGCGAUCCGGCCUUGACGCCUCCUGUGCCCCUGCGCGACACGGACUGUGUCCCCAUUGACGAUCCCGUGGUGGAUGCCACCCCUGUGACACGGAAGCUGCACUGGGUCGCGCCGCGGUCCGCAAAUGGCUUGUGGGGUCAUCGCCUGGGGGGCCAUCAUCGCGAGGUCUGGUUAGCGUUCCGAGACGGAUCGAUGAUCGAUGAUGUUUUGCAUCUAGCGUUGCUGUCAGAUAUGCCACUUCAACCUGCCGCAACACAUCAACCCGGGUUCUACUCCCGCUAUGCUCUCUCCACCCUCUGCCUGUCCAUUGAGUUCAAGCAGCGGCCUGAUCCUGCCACGCGGUGGGUGAUGAUCCGGUCCAACUCUCACAUGGUGUCCAAUGGCCGCUACGAUGUCCACUUGCAGAUUCUGGCGGAAAACGGCGACCUUCUCGCCUUGAGCAACCAUGUACUCAAUAUCUGGGACCUCCGUCGAGGUCCGGCAGCUGCCAAGAUAUAA